AGCACCGACCUUGAUCACAGCUCGGAUUGGUCCCGGAAGAUGAUGCCCGUGGCCCAGAUGUGGCGUGCCCAGAACUUGAAGGAGGACAGCCCAGCUUCCAACCGGACAGAAAGCACCACAGACGGCCCGUCUCCUUGGUGCUCCGACAACGUUUGCUUCGAGAAUACGUGCAUCGAGUCCAGCUUCCGGCAGUGCCUGUCUUUUUCGCCCAUCCAAACAGCUGCCAAGCCAGCAGCGCGGUGCGACGCCACGCGUCAGCCCACGGUGGUUCAACCGCCCCCCGGUUUGGAGCACAUGGCACCCACGCCCCUCACACAGCCGAAGCGGGCGUUGGCUCCGCCCCCACCGGGCCUCCCUGCCUACGUGCCGGACAUGAAGAUCCCCCCACCCCCGAUGGAGGCGCCCAGGGUGGACCUCGAGGAGGACAUGCCUCCGGUGCCUGCGCGGGAGCCGUGUUUGCGCCUGACCUUGUCGGAUUAUUUGCCGCACCAUGACACCUCCACCUGCAGACCCUGCGCCUUUUUUCACACAAGGGGCUGCGAGAACGGCUCAAAUUGCAGCUUCUGUCACCUGUGCCCUCCCGGCGAGAAGAAACGUCGCCAGAAGCUCCGUCGAGCCCAAGAGGACGCUGGGAAGCCAGUCACCAGGAGAAGCACCAACCGAAAGUGAGCGAGGACGGUGAUGCACAGAUCGCGCAAGCUGCCAUUGGCAUGGGUGCAGGAACGGCGGGUGUCACCCGAGUGACGCGGAACGCGCCGCACGGAGCAAAUCUCGCUGGGUGGCAGCUGCCUCACCUGCCAGCUUUUUUUUUGGCCAUGACAUGGUUGGUUUGCGUGUGAAGAUUCCGGUGCGAUUUGAGGUUUGAGACUUGGGCACGUGUUGCCUAUGUUUGUAAUCCCUGCUCUGGGCCCCUACAGAUGUUCACCAGGAAUCUUCCUCUCAAUUGUCCUGUGUCCACUCACGAUGCUCAGUCUUGCAUCGACGAGAGAAGUCUGAU